UGCCACUGAUAACUCCUCAUUUCCAUCUUCUGGCUUGAGUCAGAAAGGUGUUUGUCGCCUUCUUUUUCCAAACUGUGGUGACUGUAAGGGACUUGUGGGAUAGUUGGACUAUACUGAGAAAGCUGACACCUAGAGGAUGGCACCUCACAUGUUCCUUCUCCUGUUAGCAGGUCUAAUAGGAGCAGCAACAGCUGAUAAUACAACAGAAUCAGGCAACCUAACAACUAUAUUACCAGAGACCGUGGACUCAACACAAAAUAGCACAGAGCUCACAACUUUGGCAUCAGGCAAUGGAUCAGAGUCAACAAUCAAUGAAACCACAACACAAGUGACUCAAUCAACAACCUCAGACAAUGGAACAGAGUCAACAACCAAUGAAACCACAACACAAGUGACCCAGCCAACAAUCUCAGACAAUGGAACAGAGUCAACAACUAAUGAAACCACAACAACACAAGUGCCUCAGCCAACAACAUCAGACAAUGGAACAGAGUCAACAACCACUGGUGCCACAACAGCACAAGUGACUCAGUCAGCAACCUCAGACAAUGGAACAGAGUCAACAACCAAUGAAACCACAACAACACAAAUGCCUGAGCUAACAACUGCAGACAAUGAAACAGAGUCAUCAACCAAUGCAACCACAACACAAGCGACUCAGCCAACAACUUCAGACAAUGAAACAGAGUCAACAACCAAUGCAACCACAACACAAGCGACUCAGCCAACAACUUCAGCCAAUGGAACAGAGUCAACAACCACUGGUGCCACAACAGCACAAGUGACUCAGUCAGCAACCUCAGACAAUGGAACAGAGUCAGCAACAAAUGAAACCACAACAACACAAAUGCCUGAGCUAACAACUGCAGACAAUGAAACAGAGUCAACAACCAAUGCAACCACAACACAAGCGACUCAGCCAACAACUUCAGCCAAUGGAACAGAGUCAACAACCACUGGUGCCACAACAGCACAAGUGACUCAGUCAGCAACCUCAGACAAUGGAACAGAGUCAGCAACCAAUGAAACCACAACAACACGAAUGCCUGAGCUAACAACUUCAGACAAUCGAACAGAGUCAACAACCACUGGUGCCACAACAACACAAGUGACUCAGCCAGCAACUUCAGCCAAUGGAACAGAGCCAACAACCAGUGAAACCAUAAUAACACAAGUGACUCAGCCAACAGUCUCAGCUAAUGCAACAGAGUUACCAGCUACUGUAACUGCAACAACACACCAACCAACUCAGCCAACAGGUUCAGGCAAUAUGACAGAGUCCCCAACUACUGUAACUGCAACAACACAACAAGCAACUCAGCCAACAGCUUCAGGUAAUGUAACUUCAGAGGCAGUCACUAACAUAACUACACCAUCAAUCACCACCAUGCCAGUAAGUCCAACAUCACCAGCAGCCAACAUCACCUCCCAUCCACUCACUGCAACUUCUGAACCAAUCAGUCCAACAUCACCAGCAGCCAACAUCACCUCCCAUCCACUCACUGCAACUUCUGAACCAAUCAGUCCAACAUCACCAGCAGCCAACAUCACCUCACCUCCACUCACUGCAACUUCUGAACCAGUCAGUCCAACAUCACCAGCAGCCAACGUCACCUCACCUCCACUCACUGCAACUUCUGAACCAAUCAGUCCAACACCCCCAGCAGCCAACAUCACCUCACCUCCACUCAUUGCAACUUCUGAACCAAUCAGUCCAACACCCCCAGCAGCCAACAUCACCUCCCAUCCACUCACUGCAACUUCUGAACCAGUCAGUCCAACAUCACCAGCAGCCAACGUCACCUCCCAUCCACUCACUGCAACUUCUGAACCAAUCAGUCCAACACCCCCAGCAGCCAACAUCACCUCCCAUCCACUCACUGCAACUUCUGAACCAGUCAGUCCAACAUCACCAGCAGCCAACGUCACCUCCCAUCCACUCACUGCAACUUCUGAACCAGUCAGUCCAACAUCACCAGCAGCCAACGUCACCUCACCUCCACUCACUGCAACUUCUGAACCAAUCAGUCCAACACCCCCAGCAGCCAACAUCACCUCACCUCCACUCAUUGCAACUUCUGAACCAAUCAGUCCAACACCCCCAGCAGCCAACAUCACCUCCCAUCCACUCACUGCAACUUCUGAACCAGUCAGUCCAACAUCACCAGCAGCCAACGUCACCUCCCAUCCACUCACUGCAACUUCUGAACCAAUCAGUCCAACACCCCCAGCAGCCAACAUCACCUCACCUCCACUCAUUGCAACUUCUGAACCAAUCAGUCCAACACCCCCAGCAGCCAACAUCACCUCCCAUCCACUCACUGCAACUUCUGAACCAGUCAGUCCAACAUCACCAGCAGCCAACGUCACCUCCCAUCCACUCACUGCAACUUCUGAACCAGUCAGUCCAACAUCACCAGCAGCCAACGUCACCUGCCAUCCACUCACUGCAACUUCUGAACCAAUCAGUCCAACGUUACCAGCAGCCAACAUCACCUCACCUCCACUCAUUGCAACUUCUGGACCAAUCAGUCCAACACCACCAGCAGCCAACAUCACCUCACCUCCACUCACUGCAACUUCUGAACCAAUCAGUCCAACGUCACCAGCAGCCAACAUCACCUCCCAUCCACUCACUGCAACUUCUGAACCAGUCAGUCCAACAUCACCACCAGCCAACGUCACCUCCCAUCCACUCACUCCAACUUCUGAACCAAUCAGUCCAACAACCCCAGCAGCCAACAUCACCUUACCUCCACUCACUGCAACUUCUGAACCAAUCAGUCCAACAUCACCAGCAGCCAACAUCACCUCCCAUCCACUCACUGCAACUUCUGGACCAAUCAGGCCAACAUCACCAGCAGCCAACAUCACCUCCCAUCCACUCACUGCAACUUCUGAACCAGUCAGUCCAACGUCACCAGCAGCCAACGUCACCUCACCUCCACUCACUGCAACUUCUGAACCAAUCAGUCCAACAUUACCAGCAGCCAACAUCACCUCACCUCCACUCAUUGCAACUUCUGGACCAAUCAGUCCAACACCCCCAGCAGCCAACAUCACCUCACCUCCACUCACUGCAACUUCUGAACCAAUCAGUCCAACGUCACCAGCAGCCAACAUCACCUCCCAUCCACUCACUGCAACUUCUGAACCAGUCAGUCCAACAUCACCACCAGCCAACGUCACCUCUCAUCCACUCACUCCAACUUCUGAACCAAUCAGUCCAACGUUACCAGCAGCCAACAUCACCUUACCUCCACUCACUGCAACUUCUGAACCAAUCAGUCCAACAUCAUCAGUAGCCAACAUCACCUCACCUCCAUUCAUCUCAAUUUCUGAACCAGCCAAUCCAACAUCACCAGCAGCCAACAUCACCUCCCAUCCACUCACUGCAACAUCUGUACCAGUCAGUCCAACACCUCUAUCCAGUAAAGCUUCACCAACAAUUACCAUGAAUUCAACAACAGUAAAUAUAACGUCAACAUUACCCAUUCCCACAUCACUACCAGUAACCUCACAGCAAACAGGUACAACCUCACCAACAUUCAGUGAAACGCCACUAUCUACUCUGUCGCCUGUCAGCCAAACCUCAGCACCUACCAUCGCAACUUCGCCAUCUACAAUGCCAUCAACUAAACCAACAACUACUACAACUGCUGCUACAACUACAACCACAACACCUGCACCACCACAAACGCCAAGAGUUAUAUUAGAAUUUAAGGUGCAGCAACAAUACAAACAGGAGUUGGCAAACAAAUCAACGCCGGAGUUCAAAGAUCUUGCCAAAAAUGUGUCUUCAGCACUUGAUGCCGUCUAUUCCCAGAGAUUUGGAUCUAUUUUCAAUCGAACUGAAAUAAAAGGAUUCAGACAAGGAUCGAUUGUCGUCGAUUCUGAGCUGAUAUUCAAUAACAUCACAGAAAUACCGGAUGCCAGUGUCAUUGUUGCAUCUUUAAAGAAUGCGAGCUCCACCCCAGGUUUUGGCCUUGCGGUCAACAUAUCUACUAUUGCUGCAGCUGUUGAAAUAUCUACAACUCCAUCACCCACAACUGCCAUCCCAACUACGGCUACAACAUCAGUGAACAUGACAUCCAUAACAGCCUCAACAACACCAGAUACAACAUCUGUACCAGUCGGUCCAACAUCACCAGCAGUUGACACCACCUCAACUCCAUUCAAUGCAACUUCUGUAUCAGUCAGUCCAACAUCACCAGCCGGUGACACCACCUCAACUCCAUUCAAUGCAACUUCUGUAUCAGUCAGUCCAACAUCAACAGCAGUUGACAUCACCUCAACUCCAUUCAAUGCAACUUCUGUGUCAAUCAAUCCAACAUCACCAGCCGGUGACACCACCUCAACUCCAUUCAAUGCAACUUCUGUACCACUCAGUCCAACAUCACCAGCCAUUGACUCCACUUCAACUCCAUUCAAUGCAACUUCUGUAUCACUCAGUCCAACAUCACCAGCAGUCAACAUCACCUCAACUUCAUUCAAUGCAACUUCUGUAUCACUCAGUCCAACAUCACCAGCCAUUGACACCACCUCAACUCCAUUCAAUGCAACUUCUGUAUCAGUCAGUCCAACAUCACCAGCCGGUGACACCACCUCAACUCCAUUCAAUGCAACUUCUGUAUCAGUCAGUCCAACAUCAACAGCAGUUGACAUCACCUCAACUCCAUUCAAUGCAACUUCUGUGUCAAUCAAUCCAACAUCACCAGCCGGUGACACCACCUCAACUCCAUUCAAUGCAACUUCUGUACCACUCAGUCCAACAUCACCAGCCAUUGACUCCACCUCAACUCCAUUCAAUGCAACUUCUGUAUCAGUCAGUCCAACAUCAUCAGGCGGUGACACCACUUCAACUCCAUUCAAUGCAACUUCUGUAUCAGUCAGUCCAACAUCACCAGCAGUUGACAUCACCUCAACUCCAUUCAAUGCAACUUCUGUGUCAAUCAGUCCAACAUCACCAGCUGGUGACACCACCUCAACUCCAUUCAAUGCAACUUCUGUAUCACUCAGUCCAACAUCACCAGCAGUCAACAUCACCUCAACUUCAUUCAAUUCAACUUCUGUAUCACUCAGUCCAACAUCACCAGCAGUCAACAUCACCUCAACUUCAUUCAAUGCAACUUCUGUAUCACUCAGUCCAACAUCACCAGCCGUUGACUCCACUUCAACUCCAUUCAAUGCAACUUCUGUAUCACUCAGUCCAACAUCACCAGCAGUCAACAUCACCUCAACUUCAUUCAAUGCCACUUCUGUAUCACUCAGUCCAACAUCACCAGCCGUUGACGCCACUUCAACUCCAUUCAAUGCAACUUCUGUAUCACUCAGUCCAACAUCACCAGCAGUCAACAUCACCUCAACUUCAUUCAAUGCAACUUCUGUAUCAUUCAGUCCAACAUCACCAGCCAUUGACACCACCUCACCUCCAUUCAAUGCAACUUCUGUAUCACUCAGUCCAACAUCACCAGCCGUUGACGCCACUUCAACUCCAUUCAAUGCAACUUCUGUAUCACUCAGUCCAACAUCACCAGCCGUUGACGCCACUUCAACUCCAUUCAAUGCAACUUCUGUAUCACUCAGUCCAACAUCACCAGCAGUCAACAUCACCUCAGCUUCAUUCAAUGCAACUUCUGUAUCAGUCAGUCCAACAUCACCAGCAGCCAAUAUCACCUCAACUCCACUCACUGCAACUUCUGAACCAGUCAGUCCAACAUCUCCUACAGUUGACAUCACCUCAUCAUUCAAUGGAACUUCACCAACAAUCACCCUGAGCUCAACAACAGUCAACAAAACCUCAACACUAUCCAUUUCCACAUCACUACCAGCACCAGACGUUGACACGACCCCAACUCCUGUCAAUACAACUUCUGUUCCAGGCAGUUCAACAUCACCAGCUGCCAACAUCACCUCACCUUCAUUCAGUACAACUUCACAAUCCACUGUGUCACCUGUAAGCCAAACGGCUGCACCUACCAUUGCAACUUCCCCAACAACAUUGCCAUCAACUAUGCCAACAACAACUACGACAACUCUUGCUACAACUACGACUACAACACCUGCCCCGCCACUUAAGCCAAAACUUAAGUUAGAGUUUAAGGUGCAGGAAAAAUUCACCCAGGAGUUGUCAAAAAAAGAAUCACCAGAGUACAAAACCCUUGAGAAAAGAGUGACUGUUGAGCUCGAUGGAGUCUAUUACGAAAAAUAUGGGUCGAAAUACAAUCGAUCUAUCAUCAAUGGAUUCAGAGAAGGAUCAAUUGUAGUUGACUCUGAGCUGGUUUUCAAUAAUGAGACAGCACUACCAAAUACCAGUGAUGUUGUGGAAACUUUAAAGAAUGCAAGCUCCAGCCCAGGUUUCAACUUCACCGUCAACAUAACCAGUAUUGUUGCAGAAGUUGUAAUACCAACUCAACCACCUCCUGUCCCAACUACAGCUGCAACAACACCGACAACAGCGAACAUGACUUCUGUAACAGUAACGGCAACGACACCAGUAACCGCCGUGACUCCACCUCCAACCAAUGCAACGACACCAGUGACCGCUGUGACUCCACCUCCAACCAAUGUAACGACACCAGUAACCGCCGUGACUCCAACUCCAACCAAUGCAACGACACCAGUGACCGCUGUGACUCCACCUCCAACCAAUGCAACGACACCAGUAACUGCCGUGACUACACCUCCAACCAAUGCAACGACACCAGUUACCGGCGUGACUCCACCUCCAACCAAUGCAACGACACCAGUAACCGCCGUGACUCCACCUCCAACCAAUGCAACGACACCAGUUACCGGCGUGACUCCACCUCCAACCAAUGCAACGACACCAGUAACCGCCGUGACUCCACCUCCAACCAAUGCAACGACACCAGUGACCCACGAUCCCCCACCUCCAACGACUUUGACAACAGCUCCAGAAAAUGCAACAACACCAGCAUCCACCGUGACUCCAUCUCCAACCAAUGCAACUUUGACAACAGGAACUACAGCAGCCCCAACCACAACUACAACUGCAGCACCCACAGAUCCUCCAGCUGCCACUGAGGGAUUUCUUUUCAUGAAAUUUGGUCUCAACAGAGAUUUUAACUCAGAAUUGGCCGACAACAAUUCAACAGCAUUUCUCCAACUGGCUUCAGCUGUGGUUAAGGAGAUUAACAGAAUUUGCCUUGGCCUCUUCAGUGGUUACAGUCGCUCACGCGUCAAUUCCUUCAAGAGUGGAUCUGUGAUUUCCAACCUGACUCUAGUGUUCAGAAACACCUCUGUUGUUCCUAAUUUAAACAACGCUCUGCCACUGCUGGAAAGGGAGCUUCUUAAUUCGACACUGGGUUAUAUAAAUGGCAGCCUGGUUUUAGUGACCUCCGUGACUCCACCUCCAACCAAUGCAACGACACCAGUGACCUCCGUGACUCCACCUCCAACCAAUGCAACGACACCAGUAACCGCCGUGACUCCACCUCCAACCAAUGCAACGACACCAGUUACCGGCGUGACUCCACCUCCAACCAAUGCAACGACACCAGUAACCGCCGUGACUCCACCUCCAACCAAUGCAACGACACCAGUGACCGCUGUGACUCCACCUCCAACCAAUGCAACGACACCAGUUACCGGCGUGACUCCACCUCCAACCAAUGCAACGACACCAGUAACCGCCGUGACUCCACCUCCAACCAAUGCAACGACACCAGUGACCUCCGUGACCCCACCUCCAACCAAUGCAACAACACCAGUGACCUCCGUGACCCCACCUCCAACCAAUGCAACGACACCAGUGACCUCCGUGACACCACCUCCAACCAAUGCAACGACACCAGUGACCCACGAUCCCCCACCUCCAACGACUUUGACAACAGUUACUCCAGCGACAACUACAGUGCCAGCAGAUUCAAAGCUCCAGAUGACAUUUGCACUAGUAGAACCUUUUAUCGUGGGCCUGGAAACGCCUGGAUCUGAACAGUUUGUCAGUUUCUCAACAACACUAACUAAUCGACUGAAUGACAUCUAUAGGAAGAGAUUCAGGGCUUUUCUGCGAGUUCUGAUCAGGGCUUUCAGACGAGGUUCAAUUAUCGUUGAAUCUGAUGUGAUAUUUGCAAAUGCGAGCUCUGUGCCAGACACUCGAGAUGUUGCAGAGACUCUGGUGAACAACAGUGCCAGCUUGAACUACACGCUGAACAUAACAAGUGUAGUUGUGACAAGAGUCUCGGUACCGACUAUUUCUCCAACUGUGAAUUCAACAGCAGUUUCUCAUGUGACUUCAGCUCCAGAAAAUGCAACAACACCAGCAACCACCGUGACUCCAUCUCCAACCAAUGCAACUUUGACAACAGCAGGAACUACAGCAGCCCCAACCACAACUACAACUGCAGCACCCACAGAUCCUCCAGCUGCCACUGAGGGAUUUCUUUUCAUGAAAUUUGGUCUCAACAGAGAUUUUAACUCAGAAUUGGCUGACAACACUUCAACAGCAUUUCUCCAACUGGCUUCAACUGUGGUUAAGGAGAUUAACAGAAUUUGCCUUGGCCUCUUCAGUGGUUACAGUCGCUCACGCGUCAAUUCCUUCAAGAGUGGAUCUGUGAUUUCCAACCUGACUCUAGUGUUCAGAAGCACCUCUGUUGUUCCUAAUUUAAACAACGCUCUGCCACUGCUGGAAAGGGAGCUUCUUAAUUCGACACUGGGUUAUAUAAAUGGCAGCCUGGUUUUAGCAUCGGGCGGUCCUCCUCAACCCACGAUGGGAAGUUUGACUUUCUUUUCGCUAAUCAUGCUGGCUGUGGCACAGAUGCUGAUCAACUCAUAGUACUCGAAGCAUAUGCAUUGUCAUUUAAUGCAAGCAGGCAUGCCGUAAUAUUUAAGUUUGACAUAACACAUGCACACUGUGAAAUUUACCAUAUGUGGUAAAAAGAUGUGUCCUGUGGGUCAAAGAUUGAGAAAGCAAAUUGGCAUGUCCUAUUUAAUUUACUAAUCAACUUAUGUAUUUUUUUUUGUUUUUGAAAUACAUAUUUCUUUGAUUUUAUUCAGUAAUAGCUUUUAUGUAAAAAUACAAAUGUCUAAAUUAUCAUGGGUGGUAUAGGUUUUGAUAAAUGUAAUUCAUGAGUCAGCAAAAUACAUUUUUUUUAUUUAAAUCCAUAUUGCCCCCAAAGAAUCUCAAUGUGGUCAGUGUGGUAUGUUGUAUAAUGCUGUGAGAAGAGCAUUAUACAACUUAUUAUGAGCUUAUUAUGAAGAUUAUGUAAUUUAAAGUACUGUAUUGUAUAAGUUGUUUGAUAGUAGACUGUAAUGUCCUGACAAUUAUCUGAUAAGUAAUAAAUAAGUAACUUUUAAUGAUUCCUGUUGAAUAUUUUAUGCAUGUUUACAAAAUGCAAAAGAUUAAUUCUACUAUGGAUCAAAAAUGUAAUAAAACGUUAUCUUUAGAGACCUA